AUGUCGGGGAGCCUCACUCAAGCCUGUUGUGGUAUUAAGGUGAUUGACAAUAUCGUCUUGAAUAAUAGAUGUCAGAUGGUGCCUGGCUUGCUGACUGUGAAGUCUUUGUCCUUUGCUCAGAAUUUUUUGUUGAAAGAUGAUGAUGUCAUUAUAGUGACCUUUCCUAGAUCAGGAACACACUGGAUGAUUGAGAUAGUCAGUCUGAUUCUCUCCAAAGGGGACCCAACUUGGGUCCAAACUGUCAAAAGCCAUACCAGGUGUCUAUGGAUUGAAUAUGAACAGUCACAGAAACUACUGAUGGACCAGGAUGGACCGCGUCUCAUGGCUGCACAUCUUCCCAUACAACUGUUUCCCAAGUCUUACUUCACAACCAGUGCUAAGGUUAUUUAUGUCAUCAGGAAUCCCAAAGAUGUUGCCACAUCUCUAUAUCAUAUAUGUAGAGACUAUCCUAUUAUGAAGAAUUAUAGGACUUUUGAAGAAAUUAUUCAUUCAUUUAUCCAUGGUGACUUGCUUUAUGGAUCUUGGUUUGAUCACAUCCUUGGAUGGUUGACAAGAAGAGACACAGAGAACUUCCUACUAAUGUCCUAUGAGGAGCUACACAGGGAUCUCAGAGGCAGCAUUCAAAAAGUGUGCCGAUUUUUGGGCAAACAUCUGACUCCAGAACAACUUGAUUCUGCUAUGAAAAAUGCAUCCUUUUCGGUCAUGAAGGAUAAUAGGAUGUCCAACCACGUGUUGCUAAGAAUUCCAAAACAUGAUAUUGACUCCAAUAUAGCACUUCUGAGAAACGGCCUUUGUGGGGACUGGAAGAAUCACUUCACUGUGGCUCAAAGUGAGGCCUUUGACAAAGUCUAUCGGGAGAAGAUGUCGAGCCUGGAUCCUGGUCUCUUCCCAUGGUCAGAAGACUGUUGAUUCCCCUCCAUCCUAGACAGGAUUUCUCAGUGAAGCACUGGUUGUCCUGGAAAUCACUGUGUAGACAGGCUGGCAUUGAACUCAGAGAUCUGCCUGUCUCUGCCUCCUGAGUGCAGGGACUGAAUACAUGCACCAUCACUGCAAUGCUGUCUCAAUGGAUUACUCUAAGCUUUGUAAGAACUGUUAUUGUUAGCUACUCAUACUUAUAAACAAAUCUAGACGUGA